GGGGAAAAAAAAAAAAAAGGAGAAAUCAAAUUUCUUGAUUUCCUCUGGUGCUCAACAACAACAUCCCCUUCCUGUCGUCUUACACACCACAUCUUAUAUUGACCUCUUGUACUUCCAUGCUGGACGAGUAUGUUACAAGACCGGUACAACAAAUCCUUGCUCUCUUUCCGCUACAGUACGACGCAGUUGUGUAACAGCUUGGCAAUGGAGGAGGAAACCGAGUCAACUGUGAUGGAGAGACCAACAGGAGAAAAUGAGAAUCAGAAGAUAGAUGAGAGCCUGUUGUUGUCCAGCAAACCUCUGCACCGUUUUGUCCGAAAACAACCCAGAAGCUUUGGGAUUGUGAUUCUGAUGUUUGGUUGCGCCGAGGUUGUGAUGGGAUUUGUGAUGGUUGGCAAUGACUGGGAUACCUCACUCAGAAUAUAUAUUCCCUUCUGGCAAGGAACUCUGUUCAUUACAUGUGGAGUCCUAUCUAUCUACACUGAGUUACAUCCAUCCAAGAAGAUGGUGACCUCAUGCCUGGCCCUGUAUGUGGUCUCUCUGUUGGGCAUUAUUGUCACCAUAUCACAAAGGAUACCCUUAAUCGUUUCCUACACGUGGCGUAUUUGGCAUUACGGCAACCAUCUGGUGGCAUUUAUUUCGGUGGAAGGAAUCUUGCUUGGAUCUUCUCUGCUUGUAUCAGCAUUUCUUAUCUUCUUGAGCGCCCUCGCAGGUUACGCGUUAAGAUCUACGAGAAGUCAGAUUAUUGUACAGCAUUUUGUGAUGCAUCCCCAGAGUGAAGAAAAACUGACCUAGGACCAACGUUCUUCAUUACUAUCCUUUGCACUCACAUAACACUGUUUUGUUCACUUCAGGUGUUUUUAACAAUGUCAUGUACAGUAUACGUUUAUACGAACAGUCAUAUUUUGGUGGGUUUGCAGUUGCUUUCUUUCCAUUUUCAGGGAUACCUUUCUCUAAAACCUCCUGAGGUCUUAACAGAAAAUCUGUGUUUGUGCUGAGUUUAAAUUAUAUGAAGGUGGACUCGUUCAAAAUUUGGUGAUUUUUAAAGAAAGGUUCGAAGGCCAGGUAUCUUCCACGUUAUAAUUAUGCAUUGCAUUGCUGUGUUGGCAUAUCACAAAUAAUACAAAAUAAUCAGAGGCUUAUGGUUGUAACAUGCCAAAAAAAAAAAAAAAAAACUCAGGAGGCUCAAGGGGUAUAAAUACUCUUGGAAGACGCUCUGACUGGUUAAUGCCAGAUAGAAAAGUGAAACUUUUUCAUUGUAUCUAAAUUUAACCUACAAAAUGACCACUUACACCACAUCAGUAAUAUUAGAUUAACAAUAUAUUUUUUUUAAAAAUGGAAUAUUAUUAGUUAAGUGUUUAUUCACUGCUGUUAACCACUUGCUUUAGUUUUCAAUCCUGUAAAAAUUUGAACAGCUUUUAUGGUGACCAGCUUCACAUUUUUAAUCAGAUUAUUUUUUUUAUUAUAACUGUGAAUUAACUUUACUGCAUUAACUGAUUUAAAAAAUUUGCUUAAAUAAAUUUGACUUAUAAGUACACAGAUGUAUUAAAAAAAAUAAAAUAUG